AUGGCCUUCCUUUGGCUUCUCUCCUGCUUCGCCUUCAUUGGGGCCUCCUACGGCUCCAGGGACCCUGCCAGCGAACCGGAGCUGAGCAUUGUACCCAGGAUCAUUAAUGGGAAGGACGCUGGUUCUAGCUCCUCCCCCUGGCAUGUGUCUCUGGAGAACUCCUCUGGAAAGCUCAUCUGCGGGGGCUCCCUGAUCAACCGGAACUGGGUGAUCACCGCCGCCCACUGCAGAGUCAGGGUGUAUGACUGGGUUGUGGCUGGGCUGCAUGACCGACGCGCAUAUGGGAAUAAAAUCCAAUUCUUAAAGAUUGGCAAGAUUUUUAGGUACCCCGAGUUCAACAUCAGCACUUUCUAUGGUGACUUCGCCCUCUUGAAGCUCAUUACCCAGGUGAACUUCCAGCGCACAGUGUCUGCCAUUGCCCUGCCCAGUGUGGACGACAGGUUCUCUGCCGGUUCCCAGUGCAAAAUUGUGGGCUGGGGACAUACCCGCCGCCAUGGCAAGAAGAGACCUGACAAGCUGCAGGAGGCCACUGUGCCCAUCCUGAAUAAAGUGGAAUGCCAGGAGUACUGGGGCCACAGGAUGAGCAGCGACAUGAUCUGUGUGGGGGCCAACGGUGUCUCCUGCUGGAAAGGUGAUGUCGGUGGCUCCCUGGUCUGCAAGAAGAAGGGAGUGUGGACCCUGGUGGGCAUCAUGGUCGUUGCUCUGCGGCCCCUGCCAGCGAACCGGAGCUGA